AUGUCAUCAUCGUUGUACACAUUCUCACCAGAAACAUUAUCGUCAUUGACAAAAUUUAGAUUCCAAAGUGCCAAAGUGGAUAAAGUUCAAGCUGUUAUAUACACAAUUGACAAAAAGAGUCAUGAAAUAAAGCAAGAAGAUGAAAUUAUAGAUUCUAUAGAAGAAUUGGUUGAGGAAUUACCUGAUACCUCACCUAGAUACAUUAUUCUAUCCUAUCCCUUCAAAUUGGAUGAUGGAAGAUUGAAAUCGCCAUUAGUGAUGUUAUAUUGGAUUCCACCAACAAGUGGACAAGAAAGCAGAAUGCUCUAUGUUGGUGCAGUUGAGCAAUUUAGAGAUAAAGCUGGAGUUUCAAAAUUGAUCAAACUUGAAGAAGAAGAGGAUUUUGAUGGUUUGAAAGAGCAAUUGAUCUAA